UUAAGGGAUUUAAUCGAAUAUCCUGAACCCCGUUUUGUUAUUUAAUCCUCUUCAUUGCCAUAUCAGUGCGUGGACGUUACGUAACACUCGGAAAGCGACUAUAGUGCGCAACGCAGGAGGAAACAUUUAUAUUCCAUUUUUAAUCCCACUGAUUUCUGGGGGAUUACCGCGCCAAUCAGGCCAAAGAGAAGGACCGAUCGAGCUGCUUGCAACGCGGAUCCACAUCAGCAUCCAGCCAGAACAUUUGAGGAUGCUUCCCCAUCCGCGGAGGAAAGUUGCUCCAUCUUUUGCGCUGAGAUCGUCAUGCGACUCUGGCAGAAAAUUACGGAUAUGAGUGGGCUUUAUUGUUAACGAGCAGCCAAUGGAGGAAGAGAAACUGGAAGAGGAAAUCGAACCAGGACCCAGCUCCAGUUUAGCCCCCGGGCUCACUAUCAACUCUCCGGGAGCAACAAAGCCGGUUAACAAGGAGCAGGAUGUUCCCUUCAGGCUGAGCCCCGUUGGAAAAAGUCCGGCAUCUCUGCCUUCCUGUCAAUCAGGCCCGGUGAGCAGCACCGAUGACGAGGAGGAGGAGGUGGAGAUGCAGGUCAGGUUGGAGAUCCACAGCCCUCCGGCGGAUGUGGAUCUGGCAGUGUUCCAGACCCAAGCUGCAGAAGAAGAGAAGCGUGCAGACGACAGUCUUACAUGGUCCACAACAGCAAUAACAAGACGCUGGGCACCCCCAAAGGGCUUCUGGAGGGUGGCUCGCCCAGAGACUUUGCUCCUAAAUGGCAUGGACCCCCACAGCAUCCCCUCCGCUCUACAUUGUAAGGGCGACACUCAGACAGACCCUCAUCGGGAGCAUGGCGGGCCGUGCACCUCGGCCGGCGCUUCCUUACAAGGAGCAGCUCAGGAGAAACUGAAAGUGCGGCAAAGACCUCAGGUGAGAUUGAACAGAGGAGGACAAGAGGAGUGCGGUGGACAAGCUGGAGAUGCAACAACAGAUUAUAAAGAUGAAGGCGCCCACGGGGGAUUGGAGGACUCAGUCAUUCUUCAGGAACUUGUGCCCUACUUGAGUUCACUCCUUGUAAUCAACGAUGAACUUCCUCUGAGUCCAAGACACGAGCAAGCCAAGCGGCUCCUGGAGCGAGCACGUCUCAAGGCUCGCUCCAACCAGGUUAAAGGUGACCGCCCCUGCAGAAGAUCCAGUUCUGAUCACAGAUCCACUGUUAAAAAGCAGCAAGUGGAAUCUCACAAUCCAGCAUCGGCGCAGAAAUGUAUUCAAGCCAAAGACGAUCUGGCAUGUCAGAGUACGUCUGGUGCCCUCCUUGUCCCUGACCAAAAAGACACUUCCCCCGGAGAUCAGGCAGGUCGAUCCAGGCGGUAUGGCUGCUCACCCACACGCGUACGUUUUGAGGAUGAAUCAGAGAAAGAAGCGGAGUCGCGCUACUUGGACAGAGUGAAACAGCGCGGUAGACCCACGUUGCCCAAAUCCAAGACUCGGGACAGCAAUACAGACUCUAGCAGUAGUGGUUCAGAGAGGAGCAGGAGCCACAGGAGUGUCUCUAUGCCUGUGUUACAGAAGCAAGACAUGGGUGUGAGUGUUAAUACCACCACAGUCAUUAAAGAGAUUAUUGUGCUGGUGAAGAAAUGUGAGGCGUGUGGUUCUGUCAUGAGGGAACCUCAGCCGGUCUCCUCACUCCCAGAUCCACAAACGACUGAGUCACAGCAGACUGGAUAUCUUGAAGACACAAGGGGAAAAACGGUUCCUUGCUGGGUGCCUCCCUCCAAACCGGAAGUCAUCGCCCGUCCUAAAGCUCCUCUAACCGUAACAUUUGCAGGAGCUUUUGUUCUUGGGGAGAGUAAAAGCAGCAUCGGUUGGAAAUCUUCAGGGUUUGGGAAACUGAGGAGAAGGAGCAGAAAAGGAGAAAGUCGACUGGAGUCCGGCGGCCAUGGGCCUUAUGGGCCGUCGUGGGCUCAGAGGCGGAACUCCAAUCCCAGGAAUAGAGUCAACUUGAGCAGAGCUGUUUCCUUCGCCCCAGACAGCCCCGUCACUCUGGAACCACGCUUGCUGGGGGCCUCUGUUGGACUGAGAGAAACGCCUACUUUGCCUAUAAAGUCAGCUCUCAAGUCAAGCUCAAGGAACCGUUCUUCUGCGGGUCUGAUGACCUCAAAUCAGGCGGGUGAAGUCGGGCAUCAGCAUUCAGUCCUCUUAGACCCACCAGAGAUGAGAACGGAGUCACUUACAUCUUCACCACAAGGGGCCCUUGCAACGAGCAAUCCAGCACCCUGUAUAAGACCCUCCACGCUCAGGUACUCCCCGGUUCUGCCAGCUGCUGCCGUCUGGGAUGACCCGCUGGAUGGAGUAGUGAGCGCAGACACCGGCCCUGCCUCAGAGUUCCAUCCCGCCAGUCGCAACCUGGCCUUAUCUCGGGCCGAGGAUCUCAGAGCUGAGCUUCUGAGAGCGGAACAUCUGAGAGCUGAGGCCGCAUGGGAGGACACCUCUGAUGGGUCCAGGAAGACGGAUGGGCGCCCAAAGCUUUUUCUUCGUCGCUUCUUUUCCUCCAUCGGUCUAAACAGUGUUGGGAGGCUUGUAAAAGGGGGCCGCUCCAGCAGCAUGGAGCAGCUCAGCAUCCCCACUGCCAGGCCCAACACUUCUUCCCCGAGCCCCACACGCAGACCCCAGCCUGCCACCCGCAUGCAGAGGACGCCCUCGCUGCAGACCCUGCACACGGUGCUGCCAUUGGCCCAACUGCGUAAAGCCUCAUCUGUGCAGAGUUUGGAGAGGAGAACAGAGCGUGCAACCAUUCUGGGUGAGGUGCAGAUUCCUUAUGGGCUGGCACCAAGCCUGGACAGCCCCGAUGGCCAGCUCCAGCGGGCCCUCAGUGUUGAGGACAUUCUGGCCUCUCGGGUGGUCCGACCAGCUGGAAGGGUUUCUCAAGCGUUCCCUGAUGGCUCCCUCCUCCUGGAGCUAAUUAGACCCCCGAACGGUCCUUUUGGUUUCGUCAUCUCGAGGGGCAAAGGUCGACCUGAUACAGGUGUGUAUGUGGAGAAAGUGGGUGACGGCACUGGCGACGUUCCCUACGUGGGUCUCCUGGGCGUUGGUGAUGAAAUCUUACAGGUGAAUGGGGAAGUGGUGGCAGGACUCAGUCUGGACCAAGUCACCCGACUCAUGACACGGGAAAGUGUUGCCUGCCUUCGGAUCAUGCCGGCCCGAUGCAGCCCACGUUGACUGGGAGGCGUAGAAAUAAAUACUAUGUUGCGUCGAUACUGGACACCCCUCGCUUUUCAGCAACCAUUUUACUGCAGCAAAUAACACUUUCAAGCAGGGCUACUCAACUGGCGGCCCGGGAGCCACAUCCGGCCUGGGCUUGACACCAGACUGGUUCCCGGGUUCAGUUCAAAACUUGGGGACAAACAUUUUCGCAGCAGUACUCCUGUUGUAUAGAGGACCUUGGACCGCUGUAAACACAUUGGCAGAUCCUUGCAUUAACAUCUGAACAUUGCUAGCAAACAGUGAACACUGGGGUCCAAACCAGGCGUUCCUCAAGGCACCCCUUUAAGUCCUCUCCUUUUGGGCAGUUACACAUUUUUGCAUUUCUGGAACUUGUUUACUUCAGAUGCAAUCAGUGGUCUUUUGUUCACCUUCUUCAGUUACACUAGUAGUGUUCCUUAAAGUUGGUUGGUCCGGAAUAUACAAAAUAAGAGAAAUAGUAAAUAAAGAGUUCCUGUGUUCCCCAAAACAAUUGAGUUCAACAGCCCUUCUUCAAAAGAUACUUUCAUGUACAGCUCGUAUACGGCAUAGAUCAGGGGUGUCCAAACUUUUUUAUUUGGGGUCCGGAUUGGGCUAAAAUAGUUUGGCCGGGGGCCGAAAGCCGACCACAUUAAAAGUAACAAUAUAUUAAUUUAAUGGAUCCUAUAAUUGGAUAUUAAGAAAAAGUGAAAGUCAGAGUCCCUUGUUUACUUCCGUAACGAUCUCCUUAAAGUUUUGUAAUCAAUCAGAAAUAUCAAGCAGCUAAAAUGCGCCAAACAUGGAUAAGUGUGGAGUGUGUUUUGCAUUUUUCCCAUCAUGCAUUGCAGGAGAUUUAAAUAAUUUGAAUUAUGUGCUGUGUUUGGACAUUUUUUGUAUAAUAUCCACAAAGUUGAGUGAGCAGGUUGUGUCAUGUGUGUUGACUUUGUGUGUUCAUUUGCGCCAUGAGUCUGAAAGGUUUGUAUUGGGUCAUAUAUAAAAAUCCUGUGCUGUGCUCGCCUUAAAGUACAAUUCAUGGUCAUUAACCCAAAUAACUCAUAAUAUCCGCAAGAUGACAACACAAUUGUAGCAAUUAUGCUAUCAGAUACUUCAAAUUAAGUUAAAGGCACCAGAUUCCUUUUAAACUUGUGACGCCUCUCAGGCCUAGAACAUUUGGCCCACGGGCCGUGGUUUGGACACCCCUGGUAUAAAUGAACUGCUCUGAAAAUAAGUCAACAGAUUUAGUGCACACAAUGGCAACACAAGCGAAUAUAGACGUCACAUGACUAAAUUGUCAAGUUGUAAAUAUUUGACCAUUAUUAUCCAGCCCUGCCUUAAUCCUCAUGUGCAUUAAAUCCAGCAGACCUUCAGAGGUUCUUACUGGAAUCUUCUACCUUCCUUCUGCACUAUUUUUAAAAUGUUGUCCAUUACGUGAGACAAGGACACACGUGUUUAUGCCUUUUCUGUGCAUUAUAAAUAGUAAACAAAAACCCGCUAGAGGCAGCUAGCAAGGCAGAUACUGGGGAUACAUUUCAUUUAGGCUAUAAAACCUCUAAAAAACAUCCAACAACAGUUUAUAUACAUGCUGUUAGUCUGUUUGUAAAUGUAAUAUUUCCAACAAGAACAUAGAACAGUGGCUUAUAUGUGGGCUCUCGACUGAUGGUUGUAUCUUUCAGCACUUGUGCUCUCGUCGAGCUGCUAAAUUCAGAAUAAUCCUCACUCAGAUUUUUUUUUUUAAAAAGCUUCCUAGCAAUGUUGCGAUGGUCUUAUGUCGAGUUUUGAGCCAUACAAUAUCAAGUUGGUAGCGUGUGGAUUUUCAAGAUUGACCAACUUCCUGUCUUGGUGCCACAACCUUCUACCAUAUGUGACCUACAUGAUUAUUAUUAUUAUCCAGCAUGAACUUGUACUAACAGAAGGUCACGCUUCUUUACAUUAUGGCCGGCAGCAAUCAAGGUUAUUAGCUGCUCUAGCUAGCUCGUAGCUGCUUGUCGGAGGAGCAGUGUGAGUAAGACAAUGUGUCUCGACGCCAGAAAAGUAGUUCCUCUGUGUUAGCUCUUACAAUAACAAUGUCACUACAGCUUGGUUAUUAUGCAGAUUAGCCUUGUAGGCGGGUUUAUGUUUUUUAAAAGUGUGUUAUUGGCGGAAUUGAUUAAUCCCAAUUAUCUGCAGUUAGCCGCCUCUCGCUAGUGGUUUUUCACUAUUUAUACACUAAAAAAUGUUGGGUUAAAAAAUAACCCAAUUUUAACCCAACUGCUGGUUCAAAAUAGGA